CCUUUGGUUAACCACUGUUAAGCUUAACAGCGCUGCCCCAGCAACGCUCGAAGUGGAUUCCAAUUCAUGUUCCGAUUGAAGUGCGGAUGGUAGUGCAGUGCUAGCGGUUUGCGUGGUGGAAAAUUCGAUUUUUCUGAAUAUUUAACCCUUCCUGAGAGUCGAGUUGUUGUUCAUUCGCGUCAAUUAAACCCAAAGCGGGCGCAUCAAGAGUGCUUCCUUUAGAUCUCCUCAACGAGCUGUUUUGGAAACUUUUCGUUUCCGGAUUGGAUUUAUCUGACCGUGUGUGGAACGCUCACCAUUUGUUUACUCCGACCUCCGACUCCGGCCGCCCCACAUUUUCUGCUGAACUUGUGCCGUUGGGUGGUGUUGUCAUUGCCCCGCUCCCCCCCAAAGUUUGGUGCGGAAAAAAUCGAAACUCGCGCACAGUGGGCGCCACAGAGGAAUAAUUUCGGAGGCGAUAAUAACUUUCCGCCGGAGCGCCGCCGUUGUGCAAUCGCCGUGCCAAGCCAGCCCACCCCAGCCCUCAUCAGACUGCCCCCUUCGAGCUUUAACCAGCAGUGCAUUGAAAUUCAGAGGCGAUACGCUCGUUCCACUGUGCGAAUGCUUCAAUCGGACGGACAGCAGAAGCAGUAAUUCGUUAAACAACGGCAAACAAAUUGAAGAGCCACCUCCGAUCAGCCAUAGCCUACGAUGUAAGCUGCCGAACCCACAAGGGACCAAGAGCACCAAGAGUUAAAGCUUAAUUUGAAGUUCUGAGCAGAGCUCAUCCCGACGCCCGCUAACCGCUAAGCGAGGACAGAGACCAUAAAUCAUCAUCCAGCCGAGAGCGACGGGCAGCGAUUGAGUUGCACCACCAAAGAGCCCCGAAUUAAUCAUACGCCACGUUGGCCGGUUUGCUUCCUCCGUCGUCGAUAUGUUCGCCCAUCCGCCGCCGCACCACGCGCCGCGCACUUGACACGCGUUGAAGCGAGUCAGUGGUCAGGGAGAAGCAGCUGAGCGCCUCCCGGAAGAGCCAGCUCCUCCUGGAACACCCUCCGACGACGACCGACGCGUCUCCGGUUUCUGCUCCGGCUUAUUUUGUUAUUUUUCGUUCAAAGUCGCGUUCGUGGGACGCUGCGACUAAUUGGCAUCAACAGCGUUCGGUUACCGCCACGACAGACUACCGCAUGUGGCUGCCAAGGUGUAAACCCCUCGCCAGCAGCAUUAACUGCUCCAACAGCAACAGAAACUACAACUUCAACUGCAACUGCCUCCAGUUGUCAACGACCAUCGCUCAACAUAUUCUCCGUUGGCCCGUGAUACUCCCCCUAGCGUUCUUAAUGAAUGACUCUCGUGGCAAGUCAUCCUACCGUGCCAGCAAACCGACGUCCGCCUCGUUCGACAACAGCCAGAACAACAAUCCCCGUACUUACAACAACAGCGGCAAGUCCGACAAGGUGUUCCUGCACUACACGCCCCGCGACCCGCGCCUAAGAAUUCUCAACAAGACCGCCACGCUGAAUAAACCCUUGAAUCGCACUCUGAGCGAGCUAAAUAUAACUGAAGAUCUGUGCAAUUAUGGUGAAUUGAUUGGCGGCGGCAGUGCCGAUUUAGUGCAAGUGAAAACUGUGCAAGUGAAAUCCUAAGCGGGUGCAGGUCGGUUCGUAUUUUUCGGUUUCCGGUUUUCGGUUUUCCACUCUGUUGUCGGACGGGACGGGUGACCCCGACUGGAUGGUUGACGGAAAGCAGGUAACCAGGCUCGCACUGCAGCCCCGAGGAGGAGGACACUUCGCCUGGCGCCUAGUUAGACACUACUAUGAGAGCUAAUGCAAACUGUGUUCAAUUCCAAUAAUCGCUCGGACUAGAGAGUGCGAAUUUUAUAA